UUAUUGUUUAUUUUUUUCUGGUCGGACAUAGUUGCGGACGGUGAAACAAGAAAAUAAUUUAAAAAAUUAAAAAAAAAAAAACAAUUUUAAAUUACCGUAUGCUGAAAUACUUUAAGUUAACUUAAGUUAUCUUUAAGUUAGAUUGAUUAAUUAUCUCACCUGUUCAAUGUAACCGAAAGAAAUAAACUAAAAGCUAACAAAUAAAUAAGAAAGGGGAUAGGAGCAAAAAUGAUGCAAAUAACACAGAAUGUGGAAAUGAAAGAACUACCAAAGGAUGCAUCCCUGGCCAGAACCGUUACACCAGAGCUCAAUGGUGAAGAAGUUGAAGAUUUUGAAACAUCGAGUCCGAGUCAGAAUACGCAAACUGGAAAACAGAAUGGAUUGAAGCGCACAACAAGCGUAGAUCAACAGGAUAAGGAAUUAGUCAACGGUCAAGGUCACGAUAGUAAUGACAUACCAUUCGUGUUGAGCGCGAGUUCCGAUCAAGAACGUAAUGCUGGAACGGAUCUAGAUGAUUUGUUGGACAAAAUAAGCUCUAUUGUGGAUCGAAGUCCCAAAGACUCGAACGUUCACAUUGAAGGUGAUAACGAAAAUGAUCACAUUGAACAAGACAAGAUUGAAUCGGUCGGAGCCGAAGACGAACAGAGCAGAAAAAGUACAGCAACUGAAGAGAUCAUGGAGGAAGAACCUGAAAAAAAAUUGUUGGCCGAAAGCACAGGCGAUGAGAACCUAAAUGCAAAUGAAGAACUAAGAGAGGCAACGGAUAUUGCCGUAAAGUCGCCAGUUACCACAGAAGAAACAAUCGAAAAGCCUGGAGUCGAAAAAAGUCCUGACCACGAGCAAUUAAAUGCUCAGCAGAUGGAAGAGACAAUCAACGGUUCAGAAGACAAUUCCCAUGAUGCUGGGAUUGACGACGAAGACAAACCAAAUGGCAAUUCAGUUAAUGAUAAACACACAGAAGAGGCGGAUGUAACUAUUAUUGAUUUAGACUCAUCGGAUGAAGGUGUGGCUGAUGAAGUGGAGAAACUAUCAAAGAACAAGAAUAAAACCAACAAUGAGUUAGAUUCAAUACAAGAAGAAGAUAAGGAAGCUCAGGAUGAAAAAGACGUUCAAGGAAAAAUAGACAAAAGUGUUGAUGAAGCAGAUGAGAAUAAGGGAGAGAAUGAUCUAUCAAAUGAAAAUGUCAAAGAGAAGGAAGACAAUGUCAAAGGCAAUGACGAGGAGCUGAAAUCAAAUGGUUUGUUAAAAACCGAUAAAGCUACAUCCAUUGAAGAGUCCAAAGAAAAAGAGCAAAAAGAAGAUCAGGAGAAACCUCAAGCGGCGGAAGACGACGAUGAUGAUGUUAUAUUUUUUGAGUUGUACGAUAAGGACAAAGAGAAAGAAGCGGAAACGAAAAUAGAAGAGAAAACAGAAACAAAACCAGAUGAGCCAGUGGAAAAGAAAAUAGACCCAACGACAGACAAAAAGAACGAUGAAAUUGUCUUGGUUUCUGAAGAUGAAGACGAGGAGGAACCACAGUCGAAAAAGAAGGAGGAAAACACUGAAAAAGACGAUACUCGCAGAACUGAUAAAGAUUUUCAGGCUGAUAACUCAGACAAUGCUUGCGAUCAGUUUGAUAAAUUGAAACCUCAAGCUAAGCCAAAACCUCUGGUAAAUGAUAAUCACAUAGAGAAUAAUUCAAACAGCAGCAAUCUGUUACGUCCCGCAGAAGAUAUAGAAUUGCCGCCAAUCAAACGCAAGCGUCUGAGUAACGAGGAUGAAAUGGUCGAUGCUACAAAGUCAGAGACAGCAACGACUGAAUCGGACAAAUUGCCGAUAGUUAAACGUAGCCACAGUCUAGUUGAGAAUAGUCCCUCGGAUAUCAAAAAAGAGCAAACUCCUAUUAAGAAAUUAAAAACCGAUGAUUCCGAUUCAAAUAGCUCCAAUGAUGGUACUUUACAAAUAGACUUAGAUGCUAAGGAAGAGCCGGAGGAAAUAAGAACAGAAUGCAAAGAUGAUCCAGAGAAAGUUCAAUUGAAGCUAGAUACGAUAUACAAGCCCAUACGCAUGGACUUUGUAAAGUCUUUUCGCAAAAGUUUCGACAAAAUGACGCGACAAGAUUUGGAAGAUCUUGUGCUUCAAAAAGUCGUUGAAGGUAUGCUGGUAAAAAGUGAAUUCGCCGAUAUGCGCCGACAAUUGGAUAAAUAUGAGUCAACACUGGCCAACUAUCGUCGUAAAAUCGCUGAGGUAUCUAAACAAUUUGUUGACUUAGAGACCGUGCACAAGCGUGUGCUUAAGGAUCUAGAAACAAAGAAUUCCCAGUUUACAGUACCAGUGAGAAUAACUCGUGCUGUGGGUCUACAAGUGGGUAUGUCCAUGAAGGCAAUGAAAUCGGAUGGUGGCCAGACGUCGUCGUCGCAAUCGAAUGCUGCAGGCAGUAAUUCGUCAUUGCCAAGUAGUAGUCUAUCAAAGGCAAGCACUUCGCCGUUAAGAUCUCCUUUGAGGGGCGUGCAGUCGGGACGGUCGCCACAUCAACAGUCUGCACUUCAACAUCAUCCACAUCAGCAGCAGCAGCAGCAUUCCCGCCCUUCCCCCAUGUCGUCUCCUUCGAAUUCAUCAACCUCUUCUUCGUUUGUUAAAACUAUGCAACCUGCUGCAAGUGGCUCGACUCCUCCUGUACGCAGGGGCUGCAUGCAAAAGGUUACUCCCCAAAGACCGGGACCCGGACAUCACAUUACGCAAGCUACAACUUCACCUCCAACAGGAAUUAAUCGACCUCCUCAAGUAGGAAGGCCGUCCCUUGGUGUCCAUGUAUCGAAGCACACGGGAGGCGCUUCAACUGGAUCUACAGCAGCAGCAGCGGCGGCAGCGGCUGCAGCCAUGAGAGCACGUAAUGCUGGAGCCCCGUACUCGAAUAUGGCUCAGAAGCAACAACAACAAGCACAGCAAUAUCCAUCAUCGCGACCCGGCCCCGGUCCCCAAGCCAGUCCUAACAAAUCAUUGGGCAAAAUGCCAUCUAAAGUAAGAGCCAUACCCACAGUAUCAGUGCCUAUUUCAUCAGCGGCCGCAGGAGGAUCCCAACCGAAUUUAGCUCCAGCUAAGCCCAAGGACAAAUCAGUCAUUGAUCUUACAGAUGAAGAUGAGGCGGCAGCAGCAGCUGCUGCGGUUCAAUCACGACUAAAUCAAUCCGCUAGCGUUCCAAUGAAGAGACCAGGACCUGCAAGUGCUACAGGGGGUACGAAUCGCGCCAGUUCAAGUGGUGCAGGAAAUGUUGUAAGAGUCUCACCCAUGCCAGGUCCCACAUGCAGGACAAAUGUGGUGUCACGCUCAAGCGGAGGAGCUCAGCGGAAUUCCAUAGGUUCCAAUGUAACAAUGCAAAUCCGUUCCGAGAAUACGCCACCAUCGGCAUCACGUUUGCGUUAUUCGCAUCCAGCUCCGUUACCCUCUUCGCCCGCCCAGCCUUUUAAUCCUGCCUGGAAAUUGCCACCAUCGCGACCCGUCAUUCGCAUCAAUCUGCAUGAUUCGGGUAUAGUGAUUUCUUGGACCCUGGAGGAUACUAGUAAUCGUUUUUCCGAUUGCGUCACCUAUCAGAUCUAUGCCUAUCAGGAAACAAUUCACGAGCCUAGCACCGAUUCCUGGCGACAUGUGGGUGACGUCAAGGCCAUGUUAUUGCCCAUGGCCGUGACUUUGAAUCAAUUUCAAGAGAAUCAGCGGUACUAUUUUGCUGUUCGCGGAGUUGAUGAUCACCAACGUUUUGGUCCCUUUAGUUUACCCAAGACGUGGACACAGAGUUAGACACAGAGAGAGAGAGAGAGAAAGAGAUCACGGUAAAUUGUUUAUUUUUUUUAAUUUCCUUACUAGUUUAUUGUAUUUAUUCUUAUUCUGUAUCCAUAAGGUAUUCUAAAGUAAGUUUUUUACUUUUUAAUACACAAUAGGGCAAAAGAAAGAAUUUUUGCAACAUCUACUAAAAUACCCGUGUAUUAGAAAUUGCUGCUGAGUUUUAUUUGGUUGGGCUACUUGGUACGGGAGAUCUAAAAUACUUUAUUAAAUGACUUUAUUUUUUUGCUUUAGUCAUCAUAGUUGUCCCCCGUUCCUUGCGUGGUUUUUAGAUCCAAGAUUCAUCGUCAGCAUUAAGAAAAUUAAAAUAUAUAUUAAAGUAAAUAUUGUAAUAUAAUUUAUGCAUAUAAAUAUCUUUUAAGUUCCACACAUUAAAUACAAAGUAACAACACAAUGAAUAAAUAUCAAA